UUUCGUCUUACAGGAUUAAUGAAGUAAUUGUCAGCAGUGUUAGUGUGUAAAAUCUUAGCUACAAUUCACUGUGCUUGCUGUAAUUUACUCAACCAUCAUAACUUAUUGUGGCAAAUGACAGUAUGAAAACUGCAUCAAACAACAUAAAACAUGGAUAAAGUUGGUUUUUGUUUGGACUGGAAACGCUGCAGCAAAGAAGGAGGACGGCUCAGUGUUUAUUUUUUCAUAAGGUAAUUAAUUAAGCUACCAAUGAAUUCAGAAAUGCACAUCAGUGAAACCAACACCGCUGCCUCCACCACCAUCACCACAAGACGGAGCACCAGCAUCGCUAACUGUACUGUCCCAACCGCUACCACCCUACGAACGGUGCAGUGUGGUAAUAAUGGCAAGAGGACAAAAGUGUUGCUUUUCCCUAAGGCCGACUACGCCACUACUCAACGCGCAAUUCAAAAGCGAUCGGUAGCCUAUGAGCAACCGGAGCCUACCAAAAAACUAAAGGUAGAAGUGGAGAGACCAGUACAACAGUCCCAAAACCGAACAGCACACCAGCCAAACAGUUCUACUGGCUUGCCUAUUGACACCUCCUCACGCGAUGAUCUAGCCGAUUUGGAUAGCGCGUUGUACUCGCCGCUAGAAUACAUUGUCCAAAAAGUUAUGGGAGAUCGCACCGAAGACACCAUCACGGACCCCCUCUCCAAUCCUUGCCCCGUCCCUGUUUCGAUUGCUUCUGACCGUUCCACAACAUUCGAGGCAACCACCCUCCGUCCCAUCUGGGUGCAGUCACCAUCACCACCGCUAUCACCACAUUUUGUAUCACUAACAGAAUCGUCGAUUCAGCCGUUGGAACGACCUCUUGCUGCAGGAGUCGUAGAUCCCAAUGCCGUUCGAGCUCCUACCGAUGUGCUGCAGCUGAUAGCCGAGCUAUCAGCCACUAUGAAUCGUCGCUUCGACGAGCUAGCCGCGCAAAUAGAGUCCCUACAUAAAGGAGUUUCCGUCGUCCGGCGGACCGCGUUGAUUACGGAGGCUGUGCUAAAUCGGUUUCAGAAUGCGGCAUGUCCUAAUUUGGACGGAAGUGCUCCUCCCAUCCCGGAGGGCUUCAUGGUGCAGCCCAUACGAUCGGAGGAGGAGCUCAACGCCAUGGAGCAGAAGUUGGGCGAAAAGCUGUACAUGGAAGACUGCGUGGGUUGGCUACAAAAAAAGCUGGUGAGUUCGCUCAUGAACAAAAGGCUCAUGAAAGUGAAGUACCUGGUGUUCGAUGCGACUUUCGCUAAGAAUUGCCGGUGGUCUGCACGGAAUAAUAAAAUUGCGUUGUCGUCUUUUCCUAACGUGUGUGAGCUGUUCCGGAGAGCUGCAUCCACAUCAACAGCCUCCGUUACACCAUCAGACGUAAGUGAUUUUUUUACACGUGUAUUGCGUUAUGUAAAGUAAUCCGGUAGGCUUUAUUUAGUUUGUUUAGUAUAGAUGUGCUAGUAGUUAAGUUAGGUAAAAGUGUAUUAAUAUACAGUUUGUUGCAUAUGAGACACUUUAAUUUUAUAAAUUUUCUAUUAAUUAAGCUUCUCUUCAUGAGCGAUUGCUUCAAUUAUUCCAUUGUGUGAUCAGGUCAAAAGGUUUUUUUAAACAACACCCACAGUCUGAUGACAGCGCCACAGUAGGUUUGCAAAAUUCACUUAGUCGGUUGCAACACUCUCCUAUUUCAUUGCAAAUUUCCACAGUAUGCUUGCAACAUUCUUCUACCAAUUUGCAAUAUUCCCCUCAGCGGUCGACGGUCGGCAAACUUAGCGUCCGAAAUAGCCAAAUUAUUCAAAAAAGUUUUGUCUAUGUUCUAUGAAAAAUUUUAACGGGUAAGAGCCACCACCUCGAUAUUAAAGAGCCGCAUGCAGCUUGCAAGCCUUAUUUUGCCUAAUCCUGCCCUAAGUGAUUGAACUAUUCGCUUAUAUGAUUCGAACCCCUGUAAAUUGAUGUUACAGUCACAGCCCGUUGCAAAAAUGUAGAGAUCUUUUCAAGCUAGAAUUUUUAUACUAUUAGAUUGCUAUAUAAUAUUGCUGAGCAUCGAUUUGGUUUUUAAAGAGAAAGAUUAUCAUGAAUGGUAUGUCAUAUUUUGGCCUAAUUAUUUUAAAAUCAUAAUUUGAAGUUCAAUUAUUGAUGGUACACCUAUGAUUGAAGAAACAAAACCACCACCUUAGAGAGCAUAAUUGAGUUUAAUUUCCCCUGUAGCUAUAUUAUUUCAGUUAUUCGAUCAGAAAAUCAAGCAGUUGAAUGAAAAUUAUACCACACAACUCCUCGAUUGCAAAGAAACACUAAACAAAUACAAUACCAAAAAAAGCAUCGGAAAAUCAAAAAAAUCACAAAACAUGACAGGAGGAGUAGUACAAAAGGAAGAGUAGUAGAAAUAGAAAAGAUAGACGAACGAAUGAUAUAAUUGCUGGCCUAUUUUGUGGAAUCAUUGGAUGCCCGAGAAUAUUGAAAAAAUAAAAUAUAAUAAUAACUGUUGAUUUGAACCAACGCAAGAUGAUUCACGUGAGAACUAGAUUUAAUGAUGAAAACGCAGAACGAAUUUUAUAGCAAAUAGAAAGAGAAUUAUGCUGCCAAAAUUAGGAAUAAAGAAAACUCUCUUCCGUUACUGCAUCCAA